AUUGCGUUUUCGGAACGCUGCGUUUUGGUUCUUUCAUACAAGUUUCAAGCAAGUCCUACAGUGAAGCUAAGAGUAGAGAAAUUGAAAUCCUUGAGGCGGCGGUCCAAUGGCGGAGAAACCUCAACCGGUCGUCGUUCAAUACUGUCAAGUCUGCGGUUUACCCGCCGAAUACUGCGAAUUCGGAUCCGAAUUCGAUAAAUGUAAGCCCUGGUUGAUCCAAAACGCGCCCGACCUGUACCCGGAUCUCCUCAAAGAAGCGAAUGCUAAAGAAGCUGAUAAAGUUGCUGAUCAAUUACAAUCCACUGGCAUCUCUUCUGCUGAUUCAGGUAGUAGUUCAGAAGCUAAGCAAGAGGAAGUUAAACGUCUUCCUGGUGGGAAAAUUAAAAAGAAAGAGAAGAAAGAAGUUGUAAUUGAAAAGGUUGUGCGGAACAAGCGCAAAUGUAUAACUACUGUAAAAGGCCUGGAACUUUUUGGUGUAAAAUUAAGCGAUGCUUCAAAGAAACUUGGAAAGAAGUUUGCCACAGGGGCCUCUGUUGUAAAGGGGCCAACUGACAAGGAACAGAUUGAUGUUCAAGGAGACAUAUCUUAUGACAUUGUGGAAUUCAUCACCGAAACCUGGGCUGAUGUCCCGGAAACUGCAAUUUUCUUUAUCGAGGAUGGAAAAAAGGUUCCAGCUGCUUGACUUUAAAAGGAAGGCUGAUACAUGAUAGGAAUCGCAGUAUUUCUUCCUUUUUGAAUGGGACUCUGUAAGAUGUAUUAUGCCAUCAAAUUGAGAAGUUUGCUGCUUCUCAAAAUUCAGAAGGCAGUAUGGCAUUUUCCUUCUUUAAGAGUCACUUUCUACUCUUUUGCUCAAAUAGUAUAAUUUUUGCUGUUGAAAUGAACAUAUAUGUGCAUUUAAGUAACAGAUAUGGUCUGUAUAGUGGCAACUAUCAAUGGUGUACACUAUUUUCAUUUAAUGUAGAAUUUUCCUGAACAA